CUCCUGUUUUCUAUUUCAUCUUUCCGGGAUAUCAUCUUCGUUGCAAAGAGAAUGGGAACUCAAUAUACAGACGACGUAAAGUCAAGCUUCGACCCAAAAAGUCAAACCGAAGAUACACCCAGUUUUGAUGAAAGGACAGCAGAGCAAAAGGCAAUAGAUGAUUGGCUUCCAAUUACUUCAUCAAGACAUGCGAAAUGGUAUUAUGCCGCUUUCCACAAUGUAACCGCAAUGGUUGGAGCUGGAGUUUUAAGUCUUCCGUAUGCCAUGUCGAAUCUCGGAUGGGGACCAGGAGUGGUAAUACUUAUUCUGUCAUGGGUAAUAACAUUGUACACACUAUGGCAGAUGGUAGAAAUGCAUGAAAUGGUACCUGGAAAACGGUUCGAUAGGUACCAUGAACUCGGGCAAGAAGCAUUCGGUGAAAAACUCGGUUUAUAUAUUGUGGUUCCUCAACAAUUGAUCUGUGAAGUUAGUGUGUGUAUAGUUUAUAUGGUCACAGGAGGGACAUCAUUAAAAAAGGUUCAUGAUACUGUUGUUUGUGAUGAUUGUCCAAGGAUCAAAUUGACAUUCUUCAUUAUGAUCUUUGCUUCUGUACAUUUUGUACUGUCUCACCUUCCAAACUUUAACUCCAUAUCUGGUGUUUCAUUGGCUGCUGCAGUGAUGUCUUUAAGUUACUCAACAAUUGCAUGGACGGCUUCUAUUCACAAGGGGUUGCAAGAAAAUGUACAAUACGGGUACAAAGGAACGAACCCAUCAGAAACCACCUUCAAUUUUUUCAACGCUUUGGGUGAUGUGGCAUUUGCAUACGCAGGCCAUAAUGUUGUGCUAGAGAUCCAAGCAACAAUCCCUUCAACACCCGAGAAGCCUUCUAAGGGACCCAUGUGGAGGGGGGUGGUUGUGGCUUAUAUUGUAGUUGCAUUGUGCUAUUUUCCGGUUGCUUUAAUUGGAUACUAUAUGUUUGGAAAUGCUGUGGAUGAUAAUAUUCUUAUUUCAUUAGAGAAGCCUAAAUGGCUUAUUGUAGCUGCUAACAUGUUUGUGGUCAUUCAUGUCAUUGGCAGCUAUCAGAUUUAUGCAAUGCCAGUUUUUGACAUGAUUGAAACCUUGUUGGUGAAGCAAUUGAACUUCAAACCAAGCUGGAUUCUUCGUUUUUACACACGUAUUACUUACGUAGCAUUAACAAUGUUUGUUGCAAUAUGCCUCCCUUUCUUUGGAGGACUCCUUGGAUUCUUUGGAGGCUUUGCAUUUGCCCCCACAACUUAUUUUCUGCCAUGCAUAAUGUGGCUUGCCAUUUACAAGCCAAAGAGGUUCAGCUUGUCUUGGUGCACUAAUUGGAUUUGCAUCGUUCUCGGUCUGUGUUUGAUGAUUCUAGCUCCAAUUGGAGGGUUGCGAAAUAUUAUAAAGAAUGCCAGCCAUUAUAAGUUCUUCGGUUAAUCGUCUCUUUGCCACGUAACCAUAUAAAUAACAGCAUAGAGAACCACCCUUGAUGGGGUUUGGCUGCCUGCUUUGCACUUAUCAUUCUGCAAAGAUAAAUACUAUCCAUGUUUGUACAAUACAGUUAGUGCCCUAUUUCUUUGUGGUUUUAUUUGAUUGUUUUUCUGUUAAUUAUCGUUUUCGGUUAUGUCGUACCAUAUGUUCAAGUGACUAAAUGUAACAUCCAGUCUCUCAUACCAA